AAGCACACAUAGAAUAAACAGAUUAUUUAUUUGUACCAUAUAUCUAAUGGACACACCACAGCAUCAUUUAAUGCCAAAUUCACUUGUGUGUUACCACAGUGUGUUAUUUUAAAUGUAUCAGAAUGCAUAUAUGAUGGUACGAAUUUAAAAUAAUUUAACGGGCAGUCUGCCUGAACGUCCAUCCGUGUUAUUGAAAAUCUUGUAAAAUGGUGAUCACAGGUAAAUUGAUCUCUAACAUCGUCUAGUUCAUAAAAGAAGGCUUUAGGCAAGAUAUUUUGUAAAACUUCAAUGCAAGUAGCUCGAAAAACGCCCUGUUAAAGAAAAAGUAUAGUGCCUGCGAAACGAGAAAGGAAACAGAAAAAAAUACAGAAAAGACCAUUGUCACAUGACAGGGAGGAGCGCAGGACGCGGCUUCACAGCUGAUAGAGGCGUGCACCUCUGCGUGCCUCCUCUCUUGAUCAGAUGACUACCACACGCAAAAGAAAAGCGAGGAUCGACAGUUCCUGUAACAUUGUGUUUUGUAAAAAAAAAACAAACGCACCACUUACUGUGUGACCAAAGGGGCGGCAGAUAGGGUGCCGUCCUGGGGUUUUGGACUUUCAAUUGUAAGAAGAUCUAGAGACCACUGCGUUAACAUUUGGCUGCACGACCAAGCUUUCAGCCAUAGCAGCCAGCAGCUCAAGGAAUUAUAAUAUCGAUUCUGUUUUGUGUGAAAAGGCGGGGAAUACAAAGCACCGUGCUGACAAUACAGUGUUUUGAAUGCAUCCAUCAUACACAAAAUACUCAAGCAAGAAGCAAAUCUGCCUUUACGACUUAUCUAUUUGGAAGAAUACAGCAACGCUUAACUACUAACAAAGCAGAUACAUGGAUUAUCUGAAGCUGAGCACUGGCAUAAAAAAAUCAAGUUAACCAGCUGCAUCUCCUCUCAUGGUUGUAUGGUGAGGAGGGAGACCAGCUCAGGAUGCAUACGGCUUCAGGAAAGAUCUGGUGUUUCCGAGCACUGUGCUGCAAAGGACCUCCACCACCAAGACCAGAGUAUGACGUGGUAUGCAUCGGCCUGACGGGAGCCGGCAAGACCAGCCUGCUCUCCCGCCUCUGCAGUGAAGACACAGACAACAUUGUGCCAACUACAGGUUUUAGCAUCAAAGCUGUGCCAUUCCAGAAUGCCAUCCUGAAUGUAAAGGAACUUGGAGGAGCUGACACUAUCAAGAAAUACUGGAGUCGCUACUAUCAGGGAUCCCAGGGAGUUAUCUUUGUCCUGGACAGCACCUCCUCGGAGGAGGACCUGGAGGUAGCCCGGGCGGAGCUACACUCAGCCCUGCAGCACCCCCAGCUCUGCACGCUUCCUUUCCUAAUACUGGCCAACCACCAGGACAAGCCCGCCGCACGCUCCGUGCAGGAGAUAAAGAAGUAUUUUGAACUGGAACCACUUGCAAGGGGGAAAAGUUGGAUCCUAGAUGCAAGUUCUGUGGACAACAUGGAAGCCGUGAAGGAGAGUUUCUGUCAGCUGAUACAACUGCUGGAAGAGAAAGACACAGAACCUGGAAGGAUAUGAAGCUGCUCUUUCUGCUGCUGGGAGGUUCAUAAUAAAUAUAACUAUAACUUAAUGAGUAGCUGACAGAAAACAAUUGGCAUCUCAGUUUGGUAUUUUGUUGAUAUUGGGAGAGUGCUGUGAACUACCAGUAAUCCACGGUCAGGCAAGGUAUCCCAAGGAAAUUGUAAAUAUCCUGUAACUUUCCAUCAAUAUAAACCCAUGAACGGUAUAUGUGAAAGACGACAAUUUUUAAUGAAUGGCUUGUAAAUGACAUGGUUUAAUUGAGAUGUGCAGCAUUCUGUUAAAUUAAGUACAUGAGAAGUUCUGUGCUACAGAUUUUUAACACAUGCCUGACAUUUACAUUAACUGGAAAGCAUGUUUGUCAAGUGCUAAAAGACUCCCAUCUAAAUAACAUGGAAUGUUUUAAUGAUUCAACUUUGUAGUACCGGGCCUUAAAUGAAAUGUGCAAAAACUCAUUUAUUUUUAUGUGUCUACAGGCAAAUAGCCUGUAAGACCCUUUGUGUCCCGUUUUUACCCACUUGUAGCAAAGGGUGAAGAGACGCCAAAAUCAACCUGUACUUAUUCAGGUGAUAGCAAAGGUCUUAUCAGUAUAACUAUACAAAAUCAAAAUAGCUAUUAAUUACAUUUUUGUACGUUUUGCUAAUAGUAAUUAACCGAAGCAUGUUGUGACGCUUAACCCAAAGCAUGCAAAGCUGAGAAAGUAUAGGUUUAAAAAACAGAGAAGGAACCAUAAACUUUGUUGCUACUUUUGUAUGCGGCCGCAAAUAUGUAAAAUUAUACCUUAUGGACAUGCCAACUCAAAAACAAGAGUAAUCUGUAAAGGUAAUGACAGAAAUACUCUACAAUAUUCUGUUUUAAGAAAUAAAAAGCAUAAUAAUACUACUAAUAUGACCAAGUGUGAACUGUCGUAAUACAAACAAGUGUUUGCAUGCCUUUAUGGUGAUUCUUAAGAGAAACAAAGGUUGAAGAGUUGACUGAAUAACAUGAUACAUUGUCAAACAAAAGUGUUAAAUACAUUACAAGGUGUAUUUUUAUUUGAAUAUGAUCAGCCUAGCACAUUGGAUUAUGACCGUACAAUCGUUCCCAUUUAUACAGGUAGAUAUCUGAUUGAAAUCGUCAAUGGACUUUGAAAUCAUAAAUCGUACCUUGCUUGUGGGUAUUUCAACACUUGCAGUCUGGGGUACACAGAAUCUGUAACCUUACCAUUCGAAGUUAUAUAUACUUAACUGCUAUGCUUGUGUCAGUAAUGAUUAUUUGUCUAAAUAAUCUGCUAGAGCUGCUAGAAUGUACCUUGCCUUCAAUAUAAGAAAUAACCUCAGAAGUACUGGAGACAAAUCGAUCUCCCCUUUUACCAGGAUAAUUCCAAUGAUUAUAGUGGUCACACUAACUGAAUGUUUAACACAGCAAGGUUGCAAAUGGUAAGAUAAGUGAUGUCAUUGUGCCAGAAUAUGGAAUUCUUAGUUUUGAAAUCAAACCAAAUAUAAAUCAGAAAAGCACAUCUGAGUGCCCAAAUUCUGAGAAUUAGUUCAAUCUUUGGGUUUCCCUCUCCCUGUUCAUGCCUUCAUUUUGGCUACCUUACUUAUUUAUACCUGGGUCUCUUGAAUUUUUUGCUAAUACAAGCCGCGGAGCAUUUUGUGUAAACAUCAAAAUGGAAUUUCCUACUCGUAUUUCACAUAGAAAGUGGUUUGGCUACCACACAGAUAUUUUCAAAAUUUACAUGCACAUGUUACAUUGUUGACCAGCUCAUUGAUAUUCAUGUCCUUGGACUUCGCUGUGUAUGAUUCUAAGCUUCUCUUCAUGGUGAUGAUGCGCAGUUAUCCAUAUCAUAUAAGGGAGCUCAUUUAACAGUCAUUAAAGAAAGACAGUGUGUUCACUGCUCUGAAGUUGAUAAUAUUUAUUAAUGCAAUUCCUCAUACAUCCUUAACAUAUUUAUAUUUUACAUGUUGAAGUAUAGGCUUCAUAGGCUAUAGGCUGUGUUUUUAUUCCUGAGAAUGUUCCCAUUAUGUCUUCAUCAUUAUGUCACUGUUAACCAAAUAGGUGUAUAAAAUAAUAAACAUUUAUUAAUUUUUGUUUUGGCAUUUUAAAGUAAUGUGAAUGUCACCUCCAUAUAAAAGAAAGCAUUUUUGCCUAGCCAGUUAAAAUGGCAAAAGGUUGCUUUCUGCUUUCAUUUUUCGUCGUAAUUUUUUUUGAAAAUUGCACCACAUUUGCAAUACCACAAACACUCUGGAAUUGGCUUCAAUUUUGCUACUGUGUAGAACCACAUCACUCAUAAGUUUUAUUACAUAAAAACCAAAAUGCUGCAUACUUCAGUCAUAUAUUCAUUAAAUGAAACGGCGUUCAGUUAAUUGGACAGGUUUGCUAGUGACGUUUGUUACCAUGAUUCCAGAAUUUUGUCAUGAUUCUUGAUUUCCGUGCCUGCAGAAGUGUUUCUAGAGUAAAAAAUUUUGCAUUCCCUCUUCCGCUAACUGGUACCUUCUCCCUUCCCAACUCAAGGCGAUGGCUACAGUUACAGCUACUCCUUCUUUUCCUCUUUUAUCGCAUCAUUUUGGUUUCCUUUCAAACAUUGUAUACCGCAGGUUUUUGUAGUGUUUCGUGCAAAACAGUUUAGCAAGGUGGGGGAAAAAGAUUUCUGUGAUGUAUUCAGUUUUUUUUAUUUGUUUGUUUUAAUUUUUAUAGUAUGCUUGGUGCAGUUUGUUGUAUUUAUAGAACAUAAGAAAUUGAUAUAGCCUAUUAGCACAGUCAGCUGCCUUUUUUCUAAUUUGUUUAUAAUAGUAAGAACUUUGUACAUUUAUUACCGUAAUCUUGUUAGUUUAAAAUAAGUAUGCCUCUAUUUGUACUGGGAAAACAAAUAUGGACUUAAAUAGUUCACUUUAGUGAGGAUCUGUAAGUCAUUCAUAUGUUCUACUUUUGUUUGUGUAAUUUAAUAAUAAAACAAUUUCCACUGUCCAGCAAAGACAAUAAAUGCUGAAUGGAG